UAUUCAUCCACAGACAAUUUUUUUGCUUGACAUUGCUCAAUGUCCUCAAUAAUUUUGUUGACAUUUUUAAUCGAAGAUGAGCUGCGAUUUAUUACCGGAAUGGCUGAAUCUUUUCCUGGACGAUGUAGAAACUACUUUAUGCUUACCAAUAUUACUUAUUAUGGUCCUUUGUACUCUUCAAUUUAUAGUUAAUCACGCAAUGGACAUUGGCUUUACUUUUUAUCAAAAUAUAAUGCAAAAAUCUGACGAAGAAGAAGAAGUAAAAAAAGGCGAAGGUUUAAUGGAUAAGAUUAGAGGAUAUAUAUGUAACGUAACUUGUGUUGCUGGUAAUAACGAUUCGAAACCAGAAGAGAGCGCAGCACCAUCGAUGCUUAGGUCAAAUUUGCAAGAAGAGGAAUGGGAUUAUUGUGAGGACGACGAAGAAAAGUGA